AUGACCGUCGAGACCGCCAACGCCUCGUGGCAUCCGGCUUUCAUGCCCAAUGCUGCAACUGGCGAUACCUCCGCUGAACCCGCAGCUCUUCCGAGCGCAAAUCUCGAUGCUUCACCAGCGCUUGCUCCCGCCCAACAAACCACCCAAGACUUCGAGUUUCCUUUGGGAUCGCAUAAAACACCUUCGCUGGAGGAUAAGUCAGAGAAAGACACCGACCCAUGGCUGGUAGAAGACGCUGGCCAAGACGCAGCCGACGACUGGCCAGUCUUUGAUCACCCGGCAGCGGUCCAACCCAAGGAAGCACCCGAGACAGCUCACGCUGAUGCUGAAGCCCUCGAACCGGUGUCAGCACCAGCUCCCACUACCCAGGAGACCACAGCCGAAGACGAUGCCCCCGCCGAUAAUGCGAAAUCUGCCGGUCCUACCUUGGGUCAUACAAGCAACGAUUCCUUCACUCGAACUGUCGCACACGAAGUUAAUUGGGACGACGACCACGAUUCGGAAUGGACUCUCCCCCGAACUGACACCGAUCCAUUCAAAUUCAUGCCCCCGAACGACAGAACAAACUCCUUCCCUCCAGUGCCGCCAGUCGUUCCUGCCCCGGGUGAGGAACACCCAUUGCCGUCAAACCAAGCCGAGGACCUCAUGAACGAAAUCGAUAACACCUCUGACCACCACGAUUUUAUCGGAGAUCAAGAAGCAAACAAUGCUGCUACUGGAUUUGACUCCGGGUUUGGUGACGAAACUGAGGCUAGUCAGCAAUAUGUCGGCCGCGAUGUGACUUUCAGCGAACAGGAAGACUUGAGCUCGCGGUACGAGGAAGGCAUUCCUCUCAUUUCUCAAACGGAGACGAACGAUGACAGCACCCAAAGCGGGCAGCCAUUGAACGGUUUUGGCGACGAGGCGACUGGUGACGAUGACUUCUUCAGCCAAAUCCAGAGCUUGAAUGACGAUGACUUUCCCGACUUCGGCGGCAAGCAGCCUCUGGAGCGCAAAUCCACCAUGCAGGUCCUGGGCGCUCUUGGUAAUUCGAACCUAUCCAGAACGGACACUCUUGACGACAUGCUGGAGGAGGACGAGGAUGAGGGAGCGCAUGACGCGACUCAGCCGACGGAAGGCCUGAACGGCACAACGGCAGAACCACCUGCGCAGGACGCUUCCCAGCCUGACACCACACAAGUUGAUGAUGCCGAAGCCAAGCCUACCGACGAACUGGCAGCAAAAUGGGAGCAAGCAUUCGCAGACGACGACGAGGAUGAUUUCCUGCUUGAUGACACGCCCGAACAGUCAGGCGAAGGCCAACCUGUUGACCCCUCGGCGUUUUUCGGCAGCGAUGAUGAGGGCUUCCUCGAGGACGACGAUGAACCGCAAGCCGCUGCUCCUGCUCCUGCACCCGCUCAGGCUCAGUCUACUGGCGUACAGGGACGCUACACGCCUCAAGGGCCUUCCGUUCCUCAACGAUCUGCUUCAUCCUAUACCCCGGCUUAUCAGUCCCAGCCAAGCGCUUCGCCAUUUACCCCGACUCCUUUCGCUGACCAACGCCCCCAGUCAGCCGCCCCUUAUCCAGCACAGCAGCAGCUGAGACCUGAGCCCCCCAAGACCCAGAGCUUUGCGGCUCAAUCCAAGGGUGGUUACCAGUCGCCGUAUGAUCUCCCCAUGGAGGUUGUCGUUCCUAAAAAGCGAUCCAGUACCCAGCAAGUCCCGCGAAGCCCUGCAACGGGCCCUACGAUGGCUCCUCCUCCGAGAAGCUCUAGUAUGCACGCGCCUACCCCUCCUCCUCCAGGAGCUGCCUCAAACAUGUCUCCCCCAACAUCAAAUCACCCUCAGCAGCCCCCUGCCGGCGCGAAGCCUCCGCAAGUACUACGCAACAAGGACAGCUUCUUUGAGGAUCUGCCCAUGACAUCGAAGCCUCGGUCUGCUUCCAGGCAGAGCCAUCGAAUCCCUUCGCCAACUCAAACUGGUCCCCCAGCACCUCUAGGCCCUCCUUCGCAGUCUCGUCUUGCACCAUCGCCUUUGUCUCCACCUAUGGUAUCGCCAGACACUCCAGACAUGUCGCGUUCAGCAUCAGGAGGAAUUCCGAAUCUUGUUCUAGGCGAACGUCCUAAUCCUUACGCGCCGCAGCCGGCUCAACAGCAGGCCCCUGGUGUCCCGAGUAACGCCAGGUACUCGCCGGCCCCUCCCGGAGCUGCCAAUGGAGUCACUCGUCCGGUGUCGUCUAGCAGAUACUCUCCUGCGCCGGCAGGCGCCAGGCCGCCGGUGCCUGCUUUCCACUCGGCUCCCCCCGCGGUGUUGCCACACUUGCCUAGAACGUCAAGCCCUUUGGCGCAUUUUGAGGUCUCGCGUGGUGAGGCGGGCGCCGCGAAUGGCGACCACCAGGUCGACCGCAGAUCAAGCUACAGUCUCGAGCCCAGGAUCACUAGAGUGCCAUCACUGCCAGUCACUCGAGAGGUGGACGAGGAGGACGAUUCCAAGUCAGCUCAGUUGGGUCACCCUGGGAACGGUGUGCCUCCCGAGUCUCGCUACAGCCCAGCACCGCCAAUGGCAGCGAGGCAGACGCCACCACCUCUCGCUCAUGGCCCUCCCAUGCACUCUACUCUAUCGCCAUCGAAGAGAUCUACAUCCACAUACCUGCCGCAAGCCGCGUCGCACGAUUCGCCGCCUGAGAACAGAUUCGCUCCCCCACCGCGAUCUCAAACGCAAUCUCCAGGCUCUUCUCAUGGACGUCCAUCCUCUCAACCGGUUGCUCGUCCAUCUUCAGUACAUAGUCCUACUUCUCCUCGGGCUACGAGGUCUUUCCAGCCGACUCACGCUCCCGCCACCCGCCCGCGAGGUCCGUCACAGAGUCUCAACUUCGUUGCACCGACAGAUGGCCGUCAAGAUGACCCCUUACAACGAUGGAAGGGUGCCCCGAUCAUCUCCUGGGGCGUUGGCGGAACGAUCAUUACUUCGUUCCCUAAGAAUGUUCCCCGUUAUGGCAUUGGCCAGGCAGCUCCGAUGAUCAUCCGCAGCCCCGGAGAAGUUCACGUCAAGCAUGUUAAGGACAUUCAGCCUUUGGAGGAACGACUCGCAAAGUUCCCUGGACCUCUCAAAGGAAAGUCAAAGAAGAAAGAUACCGUCGCAUGGCUGACCUCAGGUAUCGAAGCAUUGGAAAGGGACCUGCCUGACAUCUCCUUCCAAACUCAGCUCUCUCAUGAGCACAAGCGCGCGGUUGAAAGAGUGCUGCUUUGGAAAAUUCUGAGAGUCUUCAUCGAGUUUGACGGCGUCCUGGAAGGCACCGCUGCAGUCGAAAAAGCUGUCAGGGAUGUGCUCGCUCCUGGUCUUACUCUCGAGGAGGGCGAGCCCACUCCGGGUUACGGCGCCGCCAUCAGCGCAGAAGCGCUCCAGGAGUCUCAUGUCACCCAAAUGAAGGCGGAUGCUGUCGAUUCGUCAACGAUGGAUCAGAUUCGCAAACACCUUUUAAUCGGUGAUCGCGAGAAGGCCGUCUGGGCUGCCGUCGACAAGAGGCUCUGGGGUCAUGCGAUGUUGAUUUCCAACACCGUGUCUCCGGAUCUUUACAAGCGCGUCGCGCAGGAGUUUGUGAGGACGGAGGUCAACUAUGCCGGCCACAACAACGAGUCCAUCGCUGCCCUUUACAAGGUCUUAUCCGGAAAUUACGACGAUUGCGUUGAUGAGCUUGUCCCUGCCCAUGCCCGAGCUGGAUUCCAGCUUGUGAACACCACGUCCGUGACGGGUCCCUCCAAGGACGCGACUGAGGGACUUGAUAAGUGGCGGGAGACUUUGGGGCUGGUGCUUAGCAACAGAAGCACGGAGGACGUACGCGCGUUGAAUGCACUCGGCAACCUAUUGUCCUCGUACGGACGAGCGGAGGCGGCCCAUAUUUGCUUCCUGUUUGCCAGGACAGCGACCGUCUUUGGAGGCCUGGAUGACUUGACAUCCAACUUUGUUCUUGUUGGUGCUGAUCACAAGACUCAGGGCGAGCAAUUCGCCAAGGAAACCGAAGCCUUACUGCUGAGCGAAGUAUACGAAUUCGGCCUCUCCCUUUCAGGUACUUCAGCCCUGUCUGCUGGCGUGCCACACUUGGCCGCGUAUAAGCUUCAACAUGCCAUGACACUGGCCGAAUAUGGUCUGCGCGACAAGGCUCUCCUUUACUGUGAGGCGAUUGCUGGCUCAAUCACGGCUCAGACCAAGAGGUCUCCGUACUACCAUCCGAUUUUGGAAACCGCCGUGGAGAACCUUCGGGCAAGACUCAAACAGGCUCCUAAGGAAGAGUCAUCCUCUUGGAUUUCGAAGCCUAGCAUGAAUAAGGUAUCAGACUCGGUCUGGAGUCGUUUCAACAAAUUUGUUGCGGGCGAUGAGAACGACAACGCUGCAGCCGGCGUCUCUGCUGAAGGUGGCGUUGAGUCUGGACCUUUCGCUCGGCUCGCAGGUGGUACACCCACCAUCAGCCGGUCUCCUUCGGUAUCGAAUUUCGAACCUAUCUACCAAGGGGCUACCCCAGGCUUCGCUGUUGGUUCGCCACCUGCGGCAGUUCCUAUACCGGUCACCAGAGCUGCGUCUCGAUAUGCACCAGCCUCCUCACAAGCGACUGGCCUGUCCAGCUCCUACGAGCCAGGGUCUGGAUACACCCCUGCUCCUGCCUCAGCGGGACGCUCCUCAAAUGAACUUUCUCGCAGCCCGUAUGAGCCAAGUGCGGGAUACAUGCCCGCACCCGCCUCCGCUGGCAGAUCGUCGAAUGAGUUUUCCCGGAGUCCUUACGAGCCCGGUUCAUACAUGCCGGCAGCGCCUGCCUCAGUUGGACGCUCAUCAAAUGAACUUCCCCGAAGCCCCUACGAACCUCGCACCUCGGUGGACUCGCAGCCUGGCUAUUUCAACAGCGGAUAUACGCCUUCUACUUCCAAUCUUGCACAGGAAACCUACCCAGCUGUUCAGCCCGGAGCCAGUCCACUUUCGCCAGCACAGCCGCCUGCAGGCUCGCCGUACGAGCCUUACGGCGCGAGCCAACCGUCCACAAUUCCUUCCGUGGAAGUCGAGACCCAGAACACCACUCAGGAUCCCAAUGAGUCGUCCAAUGUGGGAUACCAGCCGCCUUCCUAUGGCUAUGAACCUCCUUCCAUGACGCCUAGCCAGGAGCCCGCAUCCCAACCUCAAGAUGGCCCUAGCUCUGGCGGCUACGAGCCUCCCACUUACGAACCCUACGGCUACGAACCGCCGUCAUAUAAUCCUGAACCCGAAGCGGAUGACGAGCCCACGGAGCCAAAGCGAAAGCCAAAGAGUUUCAUGGACGACGAUGACGAUGACGACAUCCCUGCUCUCAAGGCCCUUAAGCCCCAAGACAAGAGCAAGUCGGAUAAAGAUAAGGAGAAUGAGGAAAUGUUCAAGAAAGCAGCUGAAGAAGAUGCUAAACGAGCCGCAGCGGCACAGCAGCAGCAGAAGAAGGGCUGGGGCUUCAGUAGCUGGUUUGGAGGCAAGAAGGAGGCGGCCCCCGAUAUGUCGCAACCCAAUAAGCCGAUCAAAGCUAAGCUUGGAGAAGCCAACAACUUUGUGUAUGACCCCGAUUUGAAGCGGUGGAUCAACAAAGCUGCGGGUGCGGAACAAACCCAGGCGAAGACGGCGACGCCGCCACCGCCAAAGGGAGCUCGGUCUGUCACGGGAACACCGCCUCCCCCUCGCAUUAUGACACCACCUAUGGGUCGAGCAAGUGCACCUCCCGGGGGCCCCGCCGGGAGCCCGGGAGGACCGCAGGCUCCAGAACUUGCCAAGGCGCCCUCCCAAGAGAGCCUUGGUGUUGCUCCCCCGGGACCUCACCCGCCUGGCAUGGCCCGCUCAGUAUCAAACACGAGCGCGGCGGGUGGUCCUCUCAGUGCACCACCGAGCCGACCAGCCACCAGCUUGAGCAACGCUAGUAGUAUUGAUGACUUGCUUGGCGCUGCUGGACCGCGUAAAGCUGGGGCCAAGAAGGGUAAGAGGGGUGGCCGAUACGUUGAUGUGAUGGCGAAGUGA